CCUCCUCUCAAUCCUAAAAGGUUUAUUCCAAUUUUGCUAAGUACGCUUCGCUCUUCUCCUUCACACCAUCUUCUCCAUCGUUGCAGCUUCUCUGAAUUUCUAUAUUCGUAAAUCUGAAGCUUGUUUCUUCCAUUUUUGGCUCGAUUUGAUCAUUUUCAGAUAACAAAAACAAUAAAAAAAAAUGGGAGCUACUAAACUUUCCGGGAUGCAGAAGCAAGUCCUGAGUCUCUACAGAGGAUUCCUUAGAGCAGCUCGUUCGAAGCCAACGGAAGACAGGAAGAGAAUAGAGACGAUCGUGUCGACGGAGUUCCGCAAGAACUCGAAGGAGGUCGACCGUAAGAACUUUCAGUACAUUGAGUAUCUGCUUCGGUUAGGUCAUAAGCAACUUGAUCAACUCAAAAGUCCCGAUAUGGUUUCCAUCUCCUCUGUGAAGAUCAACUAGUCUUACACCUAUCUCAAGGUGAUCAUAAUGUUAUGUAGAAAUCAUCAUAGAGAAUCAAAGAGAGGUAACUGAUUCCUUUAAUUCCUCGGAAGUUUCUUUAACAUUGGUUGGUAUGUUGUAUUUGAUAAUGCAUAACUUGAACAACUGUUUCGAGAUCCAUAAAUAAAAGAUUACAAUUGGAAUAUAUAUGAGUUGGAAGAUUUGCAAACAUUCAACUUGAGUAGGAUAUGUAUUAGAUUCGUCUUUGCCCUGUUGUUUACUAGUCGUUGUGACCUUUCGAUGCAAUCGCUAGUCGCAGCUUAGUGUUCGUUUCUUUAUCCGUGGUUAAUGGUAAUUGCGGAUUGCAAGUAAACGAACAUGGCUAAAUAGUGUUAUCUAUAAUGCACUAUGCUUUGGAAGAAUAAGAAACAUGAGGUAGCAAAAAAAAAAGUUGAGAAAUGGUUUAUGAUAAAGGGGCAACUGUAAUAUAUGAAAGUUUGCACAUAAUCACCAAUUCACAAUUACACAAAAGCAGAAGAAAAAAAAAACAGAAGAUUUAAUUAUAAGUAGGAGAAAGCUCAAAAGUUGAAAGA